AUGAGAAUCAACGAGGUUUUCCUGGCUCUGACGCCUGUCGUCUUUGCCAACCCCGUCAUCCGCGCUGAGGAGUCCCAGGAGGUCCACAUCACCCUGGAACUCAGCAAAGUCGCCGCCCAAGCCGCCAUCACCGUCUGGAACAGCGACCAGACCGAGGUCCUCGCCAAGUCCUGCUCGGAUUCCCUCUCCUCGGGACCCUUCGCGGACCACCCUAUCGUCUUCAACGUUAACAGCGAACACGGUGGCGGUGACCUCACUGUCGGCGCUACCUCCUAUACCAUUGGCGGCGGUGAUGCUGCCAACGCCCUCGACUGCGGCCGCAUCGCCAGCGAGACCGAACUGGCCAUCAACUGCGUCGUUUCCGUCCCCCAGAACCUGGGCCUGCGGUCUCUGAACAAGCGCAGCCUCAGGGAGUGCUUCCCCGACGGCCCCCUCGAGGUGUCCGAGAGCAUGGACGUCUUCGAGGGCAAGGUCGAGGCCGGGGUGCCCACCGAGUUCGAGAUCCCGGAGCUCAACCAGACCGAGAUCGACGAAAUUGUCAAGCGCGAGAACCUGCACGGAGGUCUCGAGAAGCGCCAACGUGGCUGCGCAGUGUACGCGGAGGUUCGCCGUGUCGGUAACGGAAACCCCCACCAGAACCCUUGGCAUAUCCAGCUUGGUGAACCCAUGCAAUGCCCUAGCCAUGUCGGUUGCUCUACCUACCAUACUACUUCUAGGUCGUUCUCUAUUGGCUGGCAAGCCAAUGCCGGUGUUGAGUGGAUUAACGGUGGUUUCUCUGUUGUUAAGACCGCCGAGACUGGUAACAGCUAUGUCUGCAACGGCAACGCCAACGAUUUCUUCGCCGUGUGGAAGAACCAGGGCACCACUGCCUACACCGUUCGGAACGGAAUUUUCAGCGUCUGCUCCGGUAACUGGGCCGCCAGUUCAAACAAUAUCAUCAUCUGGUCUCCCAACAGCCAAAACCGCCGCGGCUACUACUACUGCGUCUAUGGCCGCCAGUACGUUCGCUCUAUCGGCGACAGGUGGCUCGAUACCGCUCCUCACACCCCCGGUGGUCCUUAG